UAGUUGAGUCUCUCACCGCUUUUCCUAGCACUCGAACAUAUUGAUUUCUUGGUCGAGGUUUGAUCAGAGCAUAUCGGCUUGGUUAUUAUACUAAUAUAUUACAUAUUGAGCACUGAACCAGCACAUAUAUGAGUGACAAACUCACCAGGGCCAAUACGGCCGUAUAUACGACUGUGACAGCCGUUUGAAUUGUACGGACCGACACCGACAGCACUAGAACUUUACGGUAUACGGUUCGGUUACAGACGGUGCGCAGCCCUAUCAAUGUUUGUCUUCUUCCUCGACCGAUGUCAGCUUCAGGAAUAUCCAAAAACACCAUAGGUGCGACAGAAGCAAUGCUCCACUUGGAUGCAGUGGCAUGCUCCAUACCAGAGCCUGUAUUCCCACCCGGGGACCUAAACUCUCACGUCUCUGGUAUUCUUCGUGCCACGCGACCUUUCCUUGACACCGACCAUGACUGGAUACUCCCUAAUAUCGAGGUCCUCCAACGACAGGUCUCGGUAUACGACACAUUGUUAGACCGCAUCGAUGAAAUCAGAUCGGGAGUACAAAGCCGCCGCGAUGCAGUUCAAAAGUCAUUGGCAGCGUAUGCAUCGACACUAGCACCCAUCCGACGUCUUCCCAGCGACGUUCUUCGAUCCGUGUUUCGCGAGAUACAAAUCUCGCAGUGGCAGAAAGCUGGCAAAUCAAAACAGAAAGAUGGCGAGGCGUUGGAUUUUUCACAAGGUCCGUGGGUGCUCAGUCGUGUAUGCGGUGCUUGGAGGGAUAUCGCUCUAUCCUAUCCCCAACUCUGGUCGCAUAUAAGACUUGAUUUUUCGCCUCCCUAUACAAUGGACCCGCCCGGGGAGCAUCGGCGUCCCCCUCGUCAUACGAUCGAUGCACUAAAAGCCAUGAUUCAUCUUUCUAAACAACAUCCUCUCGACAUAGUAUUCAACCUUGAUCGUAAAGGCGAUAAGGAUAUCGCCGUUCAAGUUUUUUACAUGAUUCUCAAGGAGUCAUGUCGGUGGAGGUCCUUGCGGCUACGUACUUCCCCGGUUUUUUUGGAGCUAUUCAAGAUGGUUCGCGGAAAGAUUCCUUGUCUGGAAUCUUGCACUUUGGAUACUUUGGAUAUGCUUGAAAGCGACAGAGCGGACCUGCCUGAAGAUACUCGAAGUAUCUUCGCUGAAGCCCCUCGCCUUCAAAACGUGACUUUAUGCGGUACCCACGGUCUCGGGAGUUUCAUGUUUCCUCCUCAUAUCACACAUCUCGCAGCAUGUACGAACAAUGUUGCUAACCUUGGAGUUUACCAGUCUCUCGUCGAAUGCCAUCUCGAGAUCGAUCCAAGAAACGACCAGGAUAUUUCCCUCCCUCUUAACAUUCACCUUCCCAAUGUCCGGUACCUUUUUCUGUCAUCACUGCGAGUACUUGCACAUCUGUGCCUACCUUCCUUAAAAAAUCUCACAGUCGAUCGUGUCGACUCGAACCUUGGUGCAAACACGCGGGAUGUUCAGAUUGUGAACAAUUUCAUCCGUCGUUCUCGGUGCUCCCUUUCCAGAUUAGUCUUCCAUUCCUCGAACGCAAACGAUCAGAUCUUCAUCCGGGAGUCACUCUUAUUCAUGAACACUCUGGUGUCCUUGGAAAUUUUGUUCGUUUGGGACAUUGAGGAUACCUUCCAUGCCCUUGCUCCUGUUGGAUUCCUCCCAAAUUUGCAGCAUCUGCGGCUAUUUUGUUACGAUGUACCUUCAUCCCAAGAUUCCCUCAUCGCAAUGAUCUCUUCGCGUAGCCAAAAUCUUCGUUCGAUCCAAUUUUACUGUUACAAGCCUGAGGAUGCGGAGAGCUUCAAUCGAUAUCUCGCACCACUGCAGCAACCUGGACAACACUUUAUUGCUACACCAAGCGAACUACAUAACGAAACUUCUGGAAUGCAGUUCGGAGAAUUCGGUCAGUGCGAUUUAGAUGCUACAGUUGAUCAGCGAAAUUUUUCUCUACAGUACGUCCUCCUUUACUCGGAGAUCUCCAGUUGCUGCAAUAGACCUCCUAGUUAGCUGCGAGCACGGUGGGAUUAAUUUGGAUAUGUUAACGCCCGAUAGCACCGCCCGUUUGGAGGCAGCGUGGCUUCAAUACUGAUUAGUCUUUACAGAACUACAGCCAUUGACAUCUAGUACCGUCCCACAGAUCUCUUGUGUCCUUUGUCCCUCUCCUAAUUCAGACAGAUAAAAUA